AUGGCGAACCGCGGUGCCGAUUUUGAUCCGGAAGUAUGCACCAUCGAUGACUUGCAGAACCUCGGCAGCAGCAAGCUGCCCAAAAUGUAUCGAGAUUAUUACAAUGAAGGAGCAAUGGACCUGAUAACCCUUCGAGACAAUGUCGAAGCCUUCAACCGCUAUAAAAUCCGACCGCGUGUCUUGGUCGAUGUCCAUAACAUCGACACCUCGGCAGAGAUUUUUGGUGAAAAGGUGGCUCUUCCCUUUGGAUUCAGUCCGACGGCAAUGCACAAACUAGCACAUGAAGAAGGAGAGCUGGCUACUUCGCGUGCUGCGGCCAAGUUUGGCAUUCCCAUGACCCUAUCUUCUUAUGCCACUGAGUCUAUUGAAAAUGUCACGGCACAAGGGAGUGGGAACCCAUAUUCGAUGCAAAUGUGCGUCCUCAAAGACAGAGAAAUUACCGUACAGCUGUUAAGACGCGCUGAAAAGAGUGGUUGCAAGGCCCUGUUCCUUUCUGUUGAUGUCCCUGUGUUGGGAAGGCGGCUCAAUGAGUACAGAAACAAAUUCACUUUGCCGCAUGACAUGGCUUGGCCAAACAUUCUCUCUAGUGGAAAAAACGAACAGGUUGGGAGUCCGGGAAGCAGAUAUGACUACGAUUCUACUUUAAGUUGGGAAACUGCAAUUCCGUGGUUAAGAGCCAACACGAAGCUUCAAAUCUGGCUCAAAGGCAUCAAUACGGCUGACGACGUCGUGCUUGCCAUUCAUCACGGAGUUGACGGUAUUGUCGUCUCAAACCACGGCGGAAGGCAACUAGACGGUGUACCAGCGACGCUAGAUGCACUACGGGAAUGCGCACCAGCGGCCAAAGGGAAAAUCCCCAUUGCCUUUGACGGUGGAGUUCGCAGAGGAAGCGACAUUUUCAAAGCUCUCGCCCUUGGAGCCGACUUCGUUUUUAUCGGAAGGAUACCUAUUUGGGGUCUUGCAUAUAAGGGGCAGGAGGGUGUGGAGCUUGCCCUUAGGAUUCUUUUACACGAACUCAGGGUGACAAUGGCUCUGACUGGUACCCGGAGUAUCAAGGAGAUCAACAAGGGGCACCUUUCAUUGUUAUCUCCAAGCGGAGUUUUGAGUAAACUUUAG